CUUCCGGGAACGCCGGAGGGAGACGCUCUGGGAAGCUGCUCCGAGUGGCCGGGUGAGCCGUGCCGGACGUGGGAGCAGGCCUUGUAGGAGCACGUCGGGACGUGACAGAAAUGCCAGGCUUGGCGAACGCACUGAGAUGAUUGCCCGGGGACCCGGCGGUGUGUCAAACUCUUUGCUCUGAGUUUGGGUUCAGGUUGUCUUUACUUUGUGUUCAGAUGUGCCUGAAUUUCUUCUACAUUACUUAAAGUUACUUUAGUUAUCAGAUAUAUCAAAAGUCUGACUGACAGGGCUGUGCACGCCUGCCUGCCAUGGGCUGUCGGGAUGUUCACGCAGCUACAGUCCUCUCCUUCCUGUGUGGCAUCGCCUCUGUGGCAGGCCUCUUUGCAGGCACUCUGCUUCCCAACUGGAGAAAGUUAAGACUUAUCACGUUCAACAGAAAUGAGAAGAACCUGACUGUUUACACAGGCCUGUGGGUGAAAUGUGCCCGCUAUGAUGGAAGCAGCGACUGCCUGAUGUACGACGCUACAUGGUACUCCUCAGUUGACCAGCUGGACCUGCGCGUCCUCCAGUUUGCCCUGCCCCUCAGCAUCCUGAUCGCAGUGGGGGCCUUGCUGCUGUGCCUGAUUGGAAUGUGUAACACAGCCUUCAGGUCCUCGGUGCCCAACAUCAAACUGGCCAAGUGUCUGGUCAAUAGUGCAGGCUGCCACCUGGUGGCCGGGCUGCUGUUUUUUUUUGCAGGUACCGUGAGCCUCUCUCCAUCCAUUUGGGUCAUCUUUUAUAAUACGUAUCUGAACAAGAAGUUCGAGCCAGUCUUUACGUUUGACUACGCGGUCUAUGUUACUAUUGCUAGUGCAGGGGGCUUAUUUAUGACUGCCUUUUUGCUGUUUAUUUGGUACUGUGUAUGCAAAUCCCUGCCUUCUCCUUUCUGGCAACCACUGUAUUCUCAUCCUUCCGGUAUGCAUAAUUACUCACAGCCCUAUGCCACACGCUCCCGCCUCUCUGCCAUCGAGAUCGACAUCCCGGUGGUUUCACACAGCACCUAAUGCAGAAGCCUCCUGGAGCCUAACCUCCAUGUGCACACCCGGCAAGGAGCUUUUUUGGACCGAUGUACAUCUUUUACCCCUGGCCAGACAGUGAAGCCAAAUUUGUAUGCCCUAGUAGAAUGGAGUGCUGCUAGUCUUUAUAAAAACCCUAUUUUAAAUGUGAAUGAUUCCUUUUAUCUUCUUAAACUGGAAGGAUUUUUAAUUGCUCAUAUCAGUAACCUAAGUGGAUGGAAAAGACCCAUGUCUCAAUGGAAGUGUUUUGAGUAAUGUGGUUAGAGUAAAUUGACCAAGAGAAGCUGUUGUGUACAACCUUUAUCGAUAUUUCAGAGUAUUUACCCUUUUUUUGCAUCUAAAACUGGAAGAAGAAAGGCAAUAGGUUAAGAAAUUGACCCAAAUACUGUUAUAUUUUAACAGUAGUCAGUUUGAAUCUUUCUUGGGACUAAUUGAGAAAAUUCUACACACCCCUGCCAUUAAGUUUAUGCUGACCCUGUGUUCCACUUGCUGCGCUGUAAAUCUUGAUAGGAGCAGAUAGCUUCAUCUUCCUCCUGCACAGUGACUAGUGGCUUUGAACUGCUGUCCUUGCAGUUAGCUGUUCAACACUGGUUCUGGCUAGCGUCACCAGGGCUUCUUAUUAUGUUGAAUAGGUGUAGGUAUUUUGAAUCUUACUCUGUUUUGUGAAUGUCUUACCUUCUACCUCAGGUCAGUGUUUAAAAAUAAAAUGCAUUUAAAAUGAUAAUAGAAAAAGCCUAACAUUUCCAGUAUUUAUUAGGUAGGGAUAAAGUAUGACAAUGAGAAGUUGAUUGUAUACAUUUUGUUUUUGGAGUUAAAGUGGGCCAUGUGAUGGGUUGGUGCUUCCUCUGAAGCAGAAAUCACUUUCUUUCACAAACCUGUACUCAUGUCCAUAGGUAAUCUUUCAAUAGGUAAGGGAGCAAAAGGGGCCCUGAUGGCUGGUUCUCUUGUGGAGAUAGAGUUAAGGGACAGGAGCCUUUUUUUCAGUGACAAUGACAUUAGAAUUUCAGGGAUGGCUGUCUUGUUUGAGUGAUUGAUGAAGUAAGGUAUGACUUUGCAAGGACCACUACACAUUUGAUUCUGUUCCUCCUCUCACUGCUAACGAUGUCUUUGAGCAUUCUCUCUGCCCAACACUUCAUUAGGUGCUAUAGAGGAUCCAGGGGGAGGGAUCUUAGUGAUGCUGUGCUUAUCCAUUCAGCUGCUAAUGGAAAGAUCCAGCCCACCAGUGAUUCUGAAGGAGAAAAGACAGGGCAAUCUGCUCCUAUAGAGAUUGCUGCCUAGUGUUAUGCUCUGUCCUAUAGAGUUACCUUGAGUCGGAAAUCACCUGAUGGUGUACUCACAAACACACACACAUACAAAAACAUAGAGGAUUCAUGAGUACUGUAAGAUCUGGUCCGACCCAUUAAUAAAAUUUAACAUAGAAGGUCAUACUGUUGUCUGGCAAUUAAGAAACUGUCUGACAUCAUUGGACAGCUUACUUUAACUUCUCAGUCAUUGGUCCAGGAAUACAUUUCACCCAAAGAUGAGGCUUUCUGCCCGGCAGGUUAAUUGUACACCAGCCACCUUCUGGACCCGAGAAGUUCAGUUUACUUCAGUUCAUUGAAUCCCUAGCUUAGAUUCUGUAUCAACACUAUGAGAUGCAUGAAAAUGGGCCCAAAAUUGUAGAAAAGUUGCUUUCCCUUUCCACAUCUGAAAAUAUGAUUUGCUUAGGAGAGAGAAGUUUGUUUUGAUUUUAAUCUAAUGGAUAACACAAGGAAGCCAUGUGAAUGUUAUACCAAAUGCUUAGAAAGUCAGGAAUCAUGGGUCUUUAUCCUUAUGAGUUGGAGCUGUUUAUUUAAUUAAUUUGGUACAUAUUAGUGCUAUGCUUCAUAAGGAUUUUGUUAGCCUUCAGGUUUUACAAAACUAGAGUUGCAUGGGAAACAGUUUAUUAUGCCUCUUUUGCAAAUCUGAAUAUGAAUGGUACUUAGUGUGGAUGUAUGUAGAAUGUUUUUUUCAUUAUUAUUCCAGCCUAUAUAUAUAACAAAUAAGUCUAGUUGUAUGAUUUUCAAGGACCAUCAGUACAAAGCAUGCAAGGUUAUCUUUUUUAGUUAAAGCUUUUGAUUCCUUCUAAUUCUUCACAGGUGUAACUAAAUCUUGAUUAUUCCAAAACAGCAACAGGUAAAUUUCAAGAUGAAUAUUAAUUCCCUUAUCCCCUCUGCUAAUUGAAUUCAGUCCUCUCUCUCUUUCAGAACUUUUGCCCAGAGUGUCAGGAAUGUCACCACUGUUCUUUGUGUCAGCAGUGUUGAAGAGCAAGAACACUGUUAAAGAGACUAGAGAGUUUUUAGUGUAUGGGAUCAUAAAUAUGAAUGUUACACCGUUCCUGGCUUCAGAAUCUAUGGCUCCCAAUGAGUAGUUAUUGUGUAUUCACUAGGCAAAGGAAACAGCUGUUUUCCUUACUGUCUUUUUUGUUUACUAUUUCUGAGUUGCUAUCAAUAGCUAUUCUUCAAAGCCAUCCAAGGAUACUUGCCUGGCAGGGAAGAUACCAUGGUCGCGAGGGUGGUUUUCCCAGGGCGAGGCUUAUCCAUUGCACUCCUGGUGUGCUGACCCCUGCGAUUUCCCCAAGUGUGGGAAACUCGACUGUAUGGUUUGUGGUAGUGGAGGACUGCGUUCGUGAUGUCCCCUGGAAGAAAAAAAAAGCCAUCCAAGGAAACCAAGUGUUUGCAGUUCUUCGUAGGCACUUUCAGAACUCAUCAGGUUGUCACUGUGAUGAGGGUGGGGUUACCUAUGUUGUUAAAAGCCUAUUAACAGCUUUUAUAAGCUUCUACUUGGGAAAUAACCAUAAAUGUGGUAUGAUGACGCAAUGUUUGGUUUAUCUAGGCAUGGGAGAGAGGAGGGAAACAACCCUGAUUUUACUUUGCUUGUAAAUAUACAAUAUAAGGGAUAGUAUGUUUGCUGUAAACUGCACUGUAAAACCUUGAUAAAAUUGUAUGGUACUUCCUGAUGUUUAUUAAAAGUUGUAUUUUUAUAAA